ACUUUACCAAAAAAACCGAAAAGAAAUUCGGUGCGGCUUGUUUAGGGUUUCAAAAUUUUAUCCCUCUGUCUCUCUCUCUCUCUCUUGUUUGUGUGAAGCUUCGAUCAUGGCGAUGGCGUUCGAUCGACCAGCUUCGGCGACAAUUCAGAACCCCCCGCAUUCUAACAAGAUUCGAUGGGGGGAGCUCGAUGAGGACGACGGGGAGGAUCUGGACUUCCUUCUGCCGCCUCGUAUGGUGAUCGGACCAGACGAGAACGGUGUCAAGAAGGUUAUUGAGUACAAGUUUAACAACGAAGGAAAUAAGGUCAAGAUUACCACUACCACUCGGAUUCGGAAGCUCGCUAAGGCGAGGCUCAGUAAGAGUGCCGUCGAGAGGCGAUCGUGGGCUAAGUUUGGCGAUGCUGUUCAUGAAGAACUCGGUAGCAGGCUCACCAUGGUUUCCACCGAAGAGAUUCUUCUCGAGCGGCCUAGGGCUCCUGGUAGCAAAGCAGAAGAAACAAAGGUUGCUGGAGACCCCUUGGCAUCAAUUGCGAAAGGAGGUGCUGUUCUCAUGGUAUGCAGGACUUGUGGUAAGAAGGGUGACCACUGGACAUCAAAGUGUCCUUACAAGGAUCUUGCCGUGCAACCUGAAAGCUUUAUUGAUAAGCCUUCUGCAUCAGAAACCACUGUAGCUGCUGCUGGUACUAGCAAGUCAACAACCUAUGUUCCUCCAACAUUGAGAGGAGGUGGGGAUAGAAGUGGUACAGACAUGAAGCGUAGAAACGAAGAGAACUCUGUUAGGGUCACCAAUCUAUCAGAGGACACUCGCGAACCUGACUUACUUGAGCUCUUCCGCACUUUUGGCCCUGUGAGCCGUGUUUAUGUUGCUGUUGAUCAGAAGACUGGUGUGAGCAGAGGAUUUGGCUUUGUAAACUUUGUAAACAAGGAAGAUGCUGAGAGGGCAAUUAACAAGCUAAAUGGUUAUGGCUAUGAUAAUCUCAUCCUUAGAGUCGAGUGGGCUACACCGAGAUCAAAUUAGAGUGUCUAAACAGGCAUCAAUUGCGGAAGAGAACUGAAGACCUUGUGGGUGUGGGGUCGUUAAUUUGAACUUUUGGACACCAUAUGUCUCCAAACAUAUGCUAUUUUUUGCUUAUUUAAGUUUUGUUACCAUUUGCGAAAUAGAUAUUUGGAUUGUUGUUUCGAUCAUCUGAAUUAUAUAAUAUUUUAUCCUCUAUUA